CGUUCUUAUACGACGACCCCAAACGCGUUUUAUUCAUUCCCCCAUUCCUUGACGCCCUCUUCCCAAUCUCUCGUACGAUCCCAAGAUGUGUGGAAUUUUCGGUUACUGCAGCUACUUGAAGGAGAAGACCCGCAAAGAGGUUCUCGAGGUUUUGUGCGCUGGUCUCGCUCGCCAAGAAUACCGAGGCUACGACUCAGCUGGUCUGUGCAUUGACGGCGACAAGCCUGGUGAGGUCGUCUUCUUCAAGGAGGUUGGCAAGGUUGCAGGUCUCCGCAAGCAAAUCAGCGCUACUCCCAUCGAUGUCGAGAAGACUGCCGUCUCCCAAGUUUCCAUCGCCCACACGCGAUGGGCCACUCACGGUCCCCCCUCCGUGCGCAACUGCCACCCGAUCCGCUCGGAUGUGAACUCGGAAUUCAUUGUUGUCCACAAUGGUAUCGUCACCAACAGCGGCGAGCUGCGAACCGUCCUCGAGAAGCGCGGUUACAAGUUCGAGACCGAGACUGACACCGAGGCCGUCGCCAUCCUCACCAAGUACAUCUUUGACCAACACGCCGAAAAGCCUACUUUCAGCAACCUGGUCAAGGCUGUCUUGAAGGAGCUUGAGGGUUCAUUCGCCUUCGUCUUCAAGUCCCGCCACUAUCCCAAUGAGGCUGUGACUGCCCGCCGUGGUUCCCCUCUCCUCAUUGGUGUCAAGACCGAGAAGAAACUCAAGGUCGACUUCGUUGACGUUGAAUUCGCCGGAUCUGAUAACACCGAAGCCAUCGUCGAGCAAGCCCCCUCCAACUCGCUCCUGAGCGUGCCCACAGGCAAUCCCAAGGUCUUCCGCACUCAAUCCCGCGCCUUCAUGUCCGAGGAUGGCCUUCCUCAACCCAUCGAGUUCUUCAUCGCGUCUGAUGCCGCCGCCAUCAUCGAGCACACCAAGCGCGUCUUGUACCUCGAGGAUGACGACAUUGCCCACAUCUCUGAGGGCGAACUUCACAUCCACCGAUUCCGACGAAAAGAGGAUGCUGAGCUUACCCCUGCUCAACUUGCCACCACUCGUACCAUCGAAACCCUCGAGAUCGAGUUGGCUGCCAUCAUGAAGGGCAAGUUCGACACCUUCAUGCAGAAGGAGAUCUACGAGCAGCCCGAGUCGGUCGUGAACACUAUGCGUGGACGAGUCAACUUCGAUGAGCACAAGAUCACUCUCGGUGGUCUGAGGGCAUAUCUUCCCAUCAUCCGUCGCGGCCGCCGUCUCGUGUUCAUCGCUUGCGGUACCAGCUACCAUUCCGCCUUGGCUACCCGUGCCAUUUUUGAAGAACUCACGGAAAUCCCUGUCAGUGUCGAACUUGCCAGCGACUUCCUGGAUCGCAAGACUCCCAUCUUCCGAGAUGACGUUUGUAUCUUCGUUUCACAGAGUGGUGAGACUGCCGACACCAUCUUGGCUUUGAGGUACUGCGUUGACCGUGGUGCACUUACCAUCGGUGUUGUUAACACCGUCGGCUCUACGAUCUCUCGUGAGACUCACUGUGGUGUCCACAUUAACGCUGGCCCUGAAGUCGGUGUUGCUUCUACCAAGGCUUACACCUCUCAAUACGUUGCCCUCCUCAUGAUUGCUUUGCAACUCUCCGAGGACCGCAUCUCGUUCACUGAACGCCGGCGACAGAUUAUCGACGCUCUCCACGAUCUCCCCGCGAUGAUCAAGAAGGUUCUGGAACUCGACGCUUCCAUCCAACAACUGGCUAGCACUGUCUCCACUAGGCAAUCACUCUUGCUCAUGGGUCGAGGCUACCAGUAUGCUACCUGCUUGGAGGGUGCCCUCAAGAUCAAGGAAAUCAGUUACAUGCACUCAGAAGGUAUCUUGGCUGGUGAACUUAAGCACGGUCCUCUUGCUCUCAUCGACGAGAACAUGCCUGUCAUCAUCAUCAUGACUCAGGACUCUCUAUACCCCAAGGUCCAGUCCGCCUUCGCCCAGAUCACUGCUCGAAAGGCCCAGCCCAUCGUGCUUUGCAAUGAGGGUGAUGACGGCAUCCCUGCCAACGCCAAGACUAUCCGGGUCCCCAAGACGGUCGAUGCCUUGCAAGGCUUGCUCAACGUCAUUCCUCUCCAGCUUCUCAGCUACCACCUCGCUGUCAUGAACGGCUGCGACGUCGAUUUCCCCCGUAACCUUGCCAAGUCUGUUACCGUCGAGUAAGCGCCUCGCGGGAAGUGAUCAUGGAGGGUUUUUGGUUUUAUGGACUGGUGAAAAAACUAAGUGUAUCAUUACUGUCGCGGACAUGUCUUUGUAUGUUCGACCCUGGCUUUCUUUCUUCGUUUCGUGGACACUUGAUAGGUUUAGACUUUUUAAUGAUUUCUUUUUGGAAUUAAUGUUUGCCAGUUCUUCGUACAUACAUACCUACGUUCGUCAUUAUAACCCUGCCGAAUAUAGCCUUCUUCUACCUGG